CACCAGCAGCUUUGCAGUCAACGGGACCGCUAAUUCCAACUGUGAGGCUAGUUCUCGACGUGAAGUCUCCCCUUUCACUUUCUUCAAAUUUCUCCAAUCUUCGGCACCGUCACCAUGGUCGAUGCUUUCGUCGGAACUUGGAAGCUCAUUGAAAGCGAGAAUUUCGAUGCGUAUAUGAAAGCUUUGGGUGUGAGUUUCGCUACCAGACAAGUCGGGAAUGUCACGAAACCGACGAUUGUCAUCAGCAAAGAGGGGGAUACGGUGACGCUGAAGACCCUGAGCACCUUUAAGAACACCGAAAUUAGUUUCAAGCUGGGAGAAGAGUUCGACGAAACCACAGCGGAUGACCGAAAUUGCAAAACGACGAUACAGUUGGAGGGUGAGAAACUUGUUCAUGUUCAGAGAUGGGAUGGAAAGGAAACUAGUUUUGUCAGAGAAAUUAAAGAUGGGAAAAUGAUUAUGACCCUAACAUACGACGAUGUCGUUGCGGUUCGUACCUACGAGAAGGCAUAGCAUUCCAAGGGAAGGGCCUGUACCCCUAGCAGAGCAAUCGGGUCCCGUUCAUUGGACUCGCGGCAGUAUUUGAAAUCUGGAAUGGUUCUUCCUCUGACUGGACUGUGACUUCCAUGGAUUUCCAACGAGGAGCCAAUCUACGAACCUAUUUUGUAACAAGAUACGAAAUACUGCUUUUACAUUGUAAAAAAAAAUUAACAGAAUAGCAUUUUUAAUACUUGUACAUCACUUAUUCACUUUUUUAUUUUUUAUAAAACGGAACGUAGUCGCGAUGGGCCCGUGUUUUACUGAGACUGGGAAGUUGAAGCGGUCAAUAAACGUGUUGCUCUGGAA